AUGGAUAAGUAUGAAGAUCCAAAAAGAGCAUGCACACCAAAGGAUAUAACAUCAGAUAUGAGGAAACAACAUGGUUUAACAAUGACUUACAUGCAAGCUUAUAGAGCCAAGGAAAAGGCAUUAAACAUAUUGCGAGGGGAUCCAACUGAAUCAUACAAUAAGUUACCCAGCUACUUUUACAUCCUGGAAAAGACAUAUCCGGGGUCAGUUGUUAGUUUGAAAAAAACAGCGGAAGACCGUUUCUUGUAUGCAUUUGUAGUAUUGGAACCUUGUAUUAGGGAUGGGAGUAGUAUACUACCAUUAGCAUAUGCAAUAGUUGAUUCUGAGAAUGAUGCAUCUUGGACAUGGUUCUUUGAGAGAUUUAGGAAAGAUUUUGGUGAAAGGGAGAAUAUGUGCAUUGUAUCAGAUAGACAUGAUAGUAUAUGGAAAGCUUCUACAUUAGUAUAUCCCGAGCUGACUCGUUAUGUAUGUAUUUGGCAUUUGUGGAAUAAUUUACUUAAGAAAUGUAGGGGAAAUCAAGAACAGGUCAGGAAACUAUACUUUGCAUUAGCUAAGGCAUACACUCUUCAAGAAUUUAGUGAACUCAUGGGAAGGCUGGACACAAUAGAUAAGAAGUUGGGUGUAUCCUUAUUUGAUAGUGGAUAUCAUAAAUGGUCUUGGAUACAUGCAACAGUGAAGAGGACAUGGACGUUGACUUCUAACAUUGUUGAAUCUAUAAACAACAGUAUUGCCAAAGCUAGAGAAUUUCCAGUCUAUCUUACUAACGUGUACAAUGAAGCUUAUGAGGAUAACAAGGAAUUAUCACACCGCAUGACUGUAAGGGCUUCCAUUGAAUUCCUACAUAUAGUGACAGAUGGUAUGAAGAGAUUUAGUGUGUGUCUUCAAAGUAGGAUUUGUAGUUGUGGAAGGUUUCAACUUGAUGAGAUACCAUGUGGACAUGCUGUGGCUGCUAUAAUGUACAAACACCAACAUGGAGAGGACUACUGCUCUGCCUACUACAGCAAUAAAAAUUUCAAAGAUAUAGAUGCCAUACCAGUGGAACCUCUUCCAUGCAAGAGUACAUGGGAGAUACCAUUAGAUGUGUUGGAACAAAUUGUUUUACCACCAGAUUCUAAAAGACCUCCAGGGAGGCCAUCGUUGAAGAGAAUGAAAUCUUUUGAUGAGGUGAAAUUUAAGAGGGCAAAGAUGACAUGUAGCAAGUAUGGCAUAGAGGGGCACAACAAGAAGACAUGUAGCAAUUUGCCCAAAUGA